UUAUCCAAAAUAACAAAUGGUUGUAGAAAUGUAUAUAGGACUCUGUUUUGUAUAGACUUUCAAAUUAAACAGAGCUCCUUAAUUCUUGUCGUUUAUAGAAAUCGUUUUCUUCGUUUCACUAUCAAGAAAAUUAUGGUUUAGUUUAGGCAUUAUGAUAUUAUUAUUUGUGCAGCUUGAUUAAUAUCUGAUAUUCCCCCGUAUGCUUUUUGUUGGGUUGUUAUGGGGUUCUCUGAUUCUUUGUUUGGCAAAGCUGCCAGAAAGUUCAUCAAAAGGAAAGAUAGCGAUGCAGGCGAAGCAGGUCGAGCACUGGAAGAACUCAGAAGUUCUCUUUACAAUGAGCUACGAACCUCCGAAGGUGCUAAGCGCCAACAGCAAAGAUUUUGUGGGCCGGUCGUGGCAAUGAUAUUUAAUUUCAUGGUUUCUGUCGGCAUUAUUAUGGCAAACAAAUUGGUGAUGGGGAGAAUUGGAUUUAACUUCCCAAUUUUUCUCACAUUAAUCCACUACAUUACUGCAUGGAUUCUACUUGCCAUUUUCAAGGCAUUCUCACUGCUUCCAGUCUCCCCACCUUCUAAAACAACUCCCGUGCAUUCUCUCUUCUCGUUGGGGACUGUCAUGGCUUUUGCCUCUGGCCUUGCCAAUACCAGCCUAAAGCAUAACAGUGUUGGUUUCUACCAAAUGGCUAAAAUUGCUGUCACCCCUACCAUUGUUCUUGCAGAGUUCAUCUUCUUCAGGAAAACCAUUUCUUUCAAGAAGGUUUUGGCUCUGGCUGUUGUCUCUGCAGGUGUGGCAGUAGCAACUGUAACAGAUUUGGAGUUCAAUUGGUUUGGUGCUUUGGUUGCAAUUGCAUGGAUAAUCCCAAGCGCCAUAAAUAAAAUCCUGUGGUCUAACUUGCAGCAGCAAGGCCAUUGGACUGCUCUUGCGUUGAUGUGGAAGACAACUCCAACUACGGUUUUCUUCUUACUAGCACUGAUGCCAUGGCUGGAUCCACCAGGAGUGCUAAAAUUUAAGUGGAAUCUCUAUAGCAUUGCAGCUGUUCUUAUAUCUUCUGCACUUGGUUUUCUCCUUCAAUGGUCGGGAGCUUUGGCGCUUGGGGCAACAUCGGCAACUUCUCAUGUUGUUCUAGGACAAUUCAAGACUUGUAUGAUAAUGUUUGGAGGCUAUCUUUUUUUUGAUUCAGAUCCAGGGUCCAUAAGCAUCUGUGGAGCUGUUGUUGCUCUUUGUGGAAUGACAGUAUAUACAUCACAGAACUUUCAGAAAUCGGGUGAAAGUUUGAGUAAGCAGAACUUACCAUCUCCGAGACCAAAACCAAACGAUAGAGAGAGCUUUUUAGAGUCGGACGUUAAAGAUGCUUCAAAUGUUGUCUAAAAUGUGAAUUAAGCAAUUAGCUAAUAACAUAAUUCUUUUGUGAAUGAGAAUAGGGCCUUGGCAUAUCCUUCUAUGUCAUUUCAACCUUAGGAAUCAUAAUUAACUCUUUGCAUGGGAUGUAA